GAAAUGCAGGGCGCUAGUCGUGCGAAGAGUUGGGCUAAAGCUGUGCAAAAGGAAUGGAAAAUUCUGGAGAACGACUUACCAGAAACCAUCUACGUGCGAGCGUUCGAGGACCGCAUGGAUCUGCUCCGGGUGGUGAUGGUGGGUGCGAGCAGGACACCGUACCAUGAUGGCCUCUUCUUCUUCGAUCUGCAGCUACCUCCUUCGUACCCAGAUGCCCCACCGCAAGUGUAUUACCACUCCUUCGGCCUACGCCUCAAUCCAAACCUCUACGAGUCUGGUACAGUGUGCCUCAGCCUGCUAAACACAUUCGGUGGCGAGGGCACCGAGGUCUGGUCCUCGACGGCGUCAAGCCUCCUCCAAGUUGUUGUCUCCAUCCAGGGCCUUGUCUUCAAUGACAAACCAUACUACAAUGAGACUGGCUAUGAGACAAUGGUCGACAAACCGGAGGGCCGCCGCAAUGCGCUGCCCUACAGCGAGAAUGCUUACCUGCUCACCCUGCGGACCAUGCUACACCUUUUACAUCGGCCACCUCGGGGAUUUGAGGAAUUCGUUAAGGAACACUUCCGCCAUCGGGGAAGGUUUGUGCUCAGGACAUGCAACGCGUGGCUGCAGGGAAAUAUUGUCGACAAUGCUCAUGCCACUGAA